AUGGGAAAAACCAAAAAUACAUCCUUGGACAACGUGGUGACAGAAUUCAUUCUCCUGGGCUUAGCUCAUCCUCCAAACCUGAAAAUCCUCUUUUUCCUGGUCUUUCUCAUCAUUUACAUCCUGACUCAGCUGGGAAACCUCCUCAUUCUGCUCACCGUGUGGGCUGACCCAAAGCUCCAUGCACGUCCCAUGUACAUUCUUCUGGGAGUACUCUCAUUCCUGGACAUGUGGCUGUCCUCGGUCAUUGUUCCUCGGCUAAUUUUAGAUUUUACUCCAGCCAGCAAGGCAAUCCCAUAUGGUGGUUGUGUGGCUCAGUUAUAUUUCUUUCACUUCCUGGGCAGUACCCAGUGCUUCCUCUACACCUUGAUGGCCUAUGACAGGUACCUGGCCAUAUGUCUGCCCCUCCGCUACCCUGUGCUCAUGAAUGGAAGAUUAUGCACCAUCCUUGUGGCUGGAGCUUGGAUAGCUGGCUCCAUCCAUGGCUCUAUCCAGGCCACCCUGACCUUCCGCCUGCCCUACUGUGGACCCAAUGAGGUAGAUUAUUUUAUCUGUGAUAUCCCCGCAGUAUUGAGACUGGCCUGUGCUGACACAACUGUCAAUGAGUUGGUGACAUUCGUGGACAUUGGGGUAGUGGCUGCCAGUUGCUUCAUGUUGAUUCUGCUCUCCUAUGCCAACAUAGUUUAUGCCAUCCUGAAGAUAAGCACUGCAGAUGGGCGGCGCCGGGCCUUCUCCACUUGUGGCUCCCACCUGACAGUGGUCACUAUCUACUAUGUCCCCUGUAUUUUCAUCUACCUUCGGGCUGGAUCCAAGAGUCCCUUGGAUGGGGCUGUGGCUGUGUUUUACACAGUUGUCACACCAUUACUGAACCCCCUCAUUUACACACUAAGGAAUCAAGAUGUGAAGUCGGCUCUGAAGAGAAUAACAACAGGUUGUGGGGUCACAAAUGAAAAUAAAUAA